GAGGGGCGGGGCGAGGACAGACAAAGCGCGAGGCGCGGGGGCGAAGUCUGCGCGUCAUUUCUCUUUCUCUCUCUGUCUGUGAUCUCGCGCUCUGAUUCCGGCUCGCGCGCGCCGUGCGUUAUAGUUAUAGUUAGUAAAACGUGGUGGCGGUGUGCGUAGCUACCUGGUGGGCGCGAGGAGAGAAGGGGGGGAGAGCGACGUCACCACGUCCUGUCUGUAGUCUGACACCGCCGCCGCCGCCGCCGCCACAUCAGCGCGCGCUCACACACAGACACACACGGAUACACAUACAUACACACACACACACGCACGCGCUCGGACCCGGGACGGAAUUGAAAGCAAAAGCGUCGAUUAGGGCUAUCCGCUAAUUUAAUCAUCUAUCGUGGAUUAUAUCUACUAUCUAUCAAUCAAUCGAUUAAUCAAUCAGCUGAUCAAGAAUACCAAAUCGAUCCGUCCGCCAGCAUGCUGCAGUCCCUCACCAGUAACUCGUGCGUGCGGCUGAUCCAGAGCAACAGGUCGGCCUGGUACUUCAUGUUCCUGGUGCUGGGCUAUGUGCUGUACCUGCUGUUCGGGGCCGUGGUCUUCUCCUCGGUCGAGCUGCCCUACGAAGACCUCCUGCGGCAGGAACUGCGGGCCCUCAAGCGCCAGUUCCUGCUGGACAACGAGUGCCUGUCCGAGGAGCGGCUGGAGGAGUUCCUGGCCAGGGCGCUGGACGCCAGCAACUACGGGGUGUCCAUCCUCAACAACGCCUCGGCCAACUGGAACUGGGACUUCACCUCCUCCCUGUUCUUCGCCAGCACUGUGCUGUCCACCACAGGAUAUGGUCACACCGCCCCUCUCUCUGACGGAGGGAAAGCCUUCUGUAUCAUCUACUCUGUGAUCGGCAUCCCCUUCACCCUGCUAUUCCUCACGGCCGUGGUGCAGAGGAUCAUGGUGUACAGCACGAGGAAACCCGUCCUGUACGUUCACACACGCUGGGGUCUGUCCAAACCGCUGGUGGCUCUGAUCCACGCCAACCUGCUGGCCCUCGUAGCCGUGUCCUGCUUCUUCCUCAUCCCUGCCGCUAUCUUCUCCGCCUUGGAGGAGAACUGGAACUUUCUGGAGUCUUUCUACUUCUGUUUCAUUUCCCUCUCCACCAUCGGCCUGGGGGAUUACGUACCGGGAGAGGCCGUCAACCAGCGCUUCAGAGAGCUCUACAAACUGGGCAUCACUGUCUAUCUCCUGCUGGGUCUGAUCGCGAUGCUGGUGGUUCUGGAGACGUUCUGCGAGCUGCAGCAGUUGAAGCAGCUGAGGAAGAUGUUCUACCUGAAGAAGGAGAAGCCUCAGGACCAGCAGGCCAUCAUGGAGCACGACCACCUGGCCUUCUCCUCGGUGGACCACGCCACAUCGCCCCAGGAGGAGAAGAGCGAGCCCUUCGUGGACGUCCCCGUCCUCACGUCCCCGGGGGGAGACGAUCCUAUGAUCAGAUAAGCCCACGGUUAGACCCAUCGUCGAUCAUCGUGAACCCAUCCAUCCGUCAGCGCACAGCGUAGUGGCACAGUGGUCUUCAGCGCAUAAAAAACACGUACAGUAGCUCCUGAUUCUGUGUGCUGGGUAGUAGCUCACAUACGGCUGUGAUUAUAUAUAAAUGAUAUACUGUAAAUGAUACGUUAUAUACUCUCAACAUUCCACAGUGUUCUUCUUCACCUCAGUCCUGCACUUUAAACAAACAAACAAACAGACAGACAGACAAACUGAAAAAGGGUCUUAUAGCACAAUAUUAGGAUUAUCCGGCACUGGACAUGAUCUGACUAGAUUAUACCUAUAGCCAACAUAAUCUAGCAUAGUGAGCUUUGAUCAUAUAUAUAUAUAUAUAUAUAUAUAUAUUCAGCACAACCUGGAACGCUGUUUCGUGUUUGACGAGUCUAGAGAUCUUCAAUCCUCAAUUCUUUGCUUUAAUUCUAGUAUUUGGCCUCUCUUCCACUGCAGGUCUAAACAUUUAAGAAAGCUGUACUGUAAUAUUUAACGUUUUAAAACGAUGCAUUACGCUUUCUUUUUCCAUUUACUGCAUUGCUAAACCAGUAAACCAGGUGCCUCUAGUUUUACAUUGCCACCCUGAUUUAGCAACAACAAAGCAUGCUAAGUGAGAACGUUAUAAGAAUGUUUAACAACGUUUUGAAAAGGCUCCAGGAAGGAUAGCCUGUAACAUUACAGAAAUAAUGUUUCAGGAACGUUCUAAAAGCAAGUGACUUUGCAUCACAACAUUAUUAGAACGUUUCUCACGUAACCAUACCAGCUAGACAAAUAUUAACAUUAUGGAACUAUUACAAAAAAUUAACAUUACCAAAACUACGAGUUAAAACAACUGUAUCUCCAGUUAGAUAAAUCCAUUAAAAUCCAUCAAUGACAUUUGCUUAAAGUUUACAUUAAAUAAAAACUAAGAACAUCCAGAAAUCUUGACCGUAACAUUCAGAAAAUUUUCUACCAACAAAAAACUGGUAUCUGGGAUUAUCCAAGAUUGCUAAUGUAGCAUUAGCAUCUCAAAGACUGGCCUCUUCCAACAACGCUAGCAUAUGAUUAUUAUUCCAGUGGUAGCCCUUGUCCAACAUUGCUAGCAUUAGCAUUCCAGUGGCCAGCCUUGUCCAAAAUUCCUAGCAUACCAUUGGCAUUCCAAUGACUGGCUUCAUCCAACAUCGCUACUGUAGUAUUAGCAUUCCAGUGAUUGGCCUUGUCCAACAUUGCUAGCUUAGCAUUAGCACUCCAGUGGUUGGCCAUGUCCAACAACGCUAGCACAACAUUAGCACUCUGUUGACUGUCCAUGUCCAACAUUGCUAGCAUAGCAUAAGCACUCCAAUGACUGGGUUCAUCCAACAUUGCUCCUCAAUUGCUGAAUGAUUGCCUUGCAGUGGAAAAGAUGCCUCUGAUGUCCCUUUAAGCCCUACGAUGGAUUUAUCUGUAGAUGGAAUCUCUAGAUUGGCCUGUUUAAGGCAUUAACUGUGAUGAUUGGCCGCGCCAUUCUGUAAAUUACUCAUAAAAUCAGACUGUAUCAGACUACAGUAUAAACAGAACUGCAUGUAGAAGGUUAGCUUUAGACUCAUUUCCUUAAGAGGUUCUUGAUAGGUUUCUGUUAUUACAGACAUAUUACAUGUUGAUGUACAGAAUACAUAUGGACUAUAAAUGAUAAACUCCAUUAUUAUCAUAACAUAUCAUCUGUGGAUGUGAUUAUAUAACUCUACAGUUAAGUUUAGACCAUUAGACCACUGCAGCAUAGAGUAUUAUUGUGUGAACUGUAGAAAAAAGAAAUGAUUAUUGAUUACAAUAGAUAAAUGGCAUCAUGUGGUCAGUUUUAACCCAACAGUUGCAGUUGUCUAUUGAACAGAGUAUCAUUAGAACUGUUUAAACAAAGCACUUUAUUAGGAACAUUUGUAAAACCUGCUCAUUUAUACAAUAAUCUAAUUCAAUUUAAUUAUUUUAUAGUGAUGCAGUCAUGUCAACGUGGACCAGAAUCUAUAGCCUAUAGUGUUUCUAAUAAUGUGCUCAGUCAGUGACAGAGCUCUUUAAAUCUGGACCUUAUAGGGGACAUAUUAUAUCUGUUUGUUCACAAUUUACUUUUAGAUAUCUCUAAAGAGAAAUUCUUACCAAUUUCAGUCUCUUUCAGAAUGAACCGUUUAAGGGCUCUGUCACUUUUAUGCAAAUAAACUGUUGCUGGCCACGCCCGGGGAUAAAACCCGAACAAGAUAGUUCAUGCUUAACUGCGACAGAAGCACAAAACCCAUUAUUUGAAAGUUCUUACAUCUCCCUAAUCUGCUGACUUGCCACAAAAAGUAGGUACAGAUUCCUCCCUCAAACAAAGUCUGCUGGCUAUUCCUGCUGUGUAGACCAUAAUGGCGUUUCUUCAACUCUUUCUUCAACAUUUAGUGGGUGGGGCUCUGAUGGGGGAUUGAUAGGUAAGAGGUGGUGCCAGGGCAGUUCUAUGCAGGUUUAUUUUAUUGUGACAUUACAAUAAGGAGGAGCAUCAAAACGGCUCAUUUUUUUGCUGAUUCACAGAAAACAGAUGGAUUUUUUGGUACUUGGAGUGUUUAUAGGGACAAUUGAGACCCAAUUAGGAAUACAAAAGCACAAAAAAGGAUGUUUUGCACAAUAUGUCCCCUUUAAAACCUGUUCCUUUCCUAUAUACUUUGUUCUGGCUGGAAGUUAAGUCAGCUGUUAAUGUAAUUUAAUGGCCACAUUAGAAAUCCAGGACUGUUAACUGUAUUUAAGGUCCAUAUCUAAAGACCUAUAAAGUCUGAAAAGUCUAAGUUGAAUUUGAAUUGAGUUUGAGGGCUGUCCACAUAUGUCCGUUCACUAUAUUUCAGUCUUACCUUGAGCGCUGUACAGGCCUUGUGCUGUGUUCCUGUCUCUAGAGCGUCCAUACGCUACUGUAGAUGUGGAAAGGUAGAUUUCCUCCGUUUCAGACUUGCAGUCACAGACAGCACACUGAAUGAAAGAAAACCAAAAAAGGGAUAAAAAGGAAUUAGAAGGGCUGGAAUUACUUGAUUAUUAAACAUUUCUACUUGGCAAAUCCUGCUGAGGGUACAUUAUAGGCUAGAAGGCCUAUAAAUCCACGGUGUUGAGGUACUAUUGAGAUGUUUCAGUGCUGAUAUUUACCUAAAUGUCUGAGGUACGUUUAAAUUAAAGUGUAAUAAAAACUGGCUUAACCUUAAUUUCUGAAAUGUUUGUAUUGAAAACUUGACUAUUACGAUUCAAAGGGAACCCUGACUGUAAAGACAUGUAGAGCAUGUCAGUCAUCGCCCAAGAGCAAUGCUUUAUUGGUUAAAAACUUUCAAACUUUCAAACUGGUCAAAAAAUUUCCCUUAUGAUAUUACGUCAUAUAUUAAUAAUAUUGCAAUUUUGUGUUUUAAUGGUGUCAUUGCAGAGCGAUACACACAUGUAAAUGCUCACAGUGGCAUUGGCUUCUUGUGCAGGCCACACACAUAUAUAUUUCUAUAUACAGCUCUGAAAAAAUUGUAAGUUUCUUUGUUUUUACCUAAUUAAAAAACCUCUGGAAUAUAAUCAAGAGGAUAAGGGAUGAUCACCAGCCAUCAAACCAAGCUGAACUGCUUGAAUUUUUGCACCAGGAGUAAAGCAGCAUAAAGUUAUCCAAAAGCAGUGUGUAAGACUGGUGGAGGACAACAUGCCAAGAUGCAUGAAUGGUGUGAUUAAAAAACAGGGUUAUUCCACCAAAUAUUGAUUUCUAUCAGAGAAUUGGAUUCUGAAACUGAAGUGGUCUCUUAAUUUUUUCCAGAGCUGUAGAUAUUUCUAUAUAUGUAUAAUUAUGUUUCGGUUCUUAUCAGUCAAGGUUCCCUUUAAAGGAAUAAAAGGAAUUGUACACAGAAUUCUGGGAGAUUGUUUACAAGUGUAUAUUUGUAUAUUGCUGUUGUGUUUAUAAGACUAUGUAAAUUCUGGGUAUGUUUAAAAGGAGGUCCUGCCUUUUCAUUCUUCACAUUAUGAGAUUAAUUGCAUUUGUCUUGCAAUGUUGUAAAUCGUUCCUGGUGAACAUGUUGAAGAAUCCAUGCCUGCUUUUUUACCGCUGACAGUGACGUGAUUUUCUGUGUAUUUCAUGUGGAGGUUGAUUGUAACCUCUGUACACCUUUAACAAAGGGAACUUGAACAUGCUCUACUGUGACAUAUUUACUGUAUGAAUUUUGUCGUCAGUGUUGGGAAGUAGCUGAGAUACAGUAACUGAGCUCCACGUUCAGGCCUCGUGGCCAGCAGUGGAUUAUAGCAGUUUCUGAACAUCUGUAAAAGUUGUUUUUUUAAAGCAAAUAAAGUUUGUGAUUUUCAUGAAA